AAGAGGCUCCUCUGUCCUCAGCUCGUUACCUGUAUUAAUGGCACCUGUUUGAACUUGUUAUCAGUAUAAAAGACACCUGUCCACAACCUCAAACAGUCACACUCCAAACUCCACUAUGGCCAAGACCAAAGAGCUGUCAAAGGACACCAGAAACAAAAUUGUAGACCUGCACCAGGCUGGGAAGACUGAAUCUGCAAUAGGUAAGCAGCUUGGUUUGAAGAAAUCAACUGUGGGAUCAAUUAUUAGGAAAUGGAAGACAUGCAAGACCACUGAUAAUCUCCCUCGAUCUGGGGCUCCACGCAAGAUCUCACCCCGUGGGGUCAAAAUGAUCACAAGAACGGUGAGCAAAAAUCCCAGAACCACACGGGGGGACCUAGUGAAUGACCUGCAGAGAGCUGGGACCAAAGUAACAAAGCCUACCAUCAGUAACACACUACGCCGCCAGGGACUCAAAUCCUGCAGUGCCAGACGUGUCCCCCUGCUUAAGCCAGUACAUGUCCAGGCCCGUUUGAAGUUUGCUAGAGUGCAUUUGGAUGAUCCAGAAGAGGAUUGGGAGAAUGUAAUAUGGUCAGAUGAAACCAAAAUAAAACUCAACUCGUCGUGUUUGGAGGACAAAGAAUGCUGAGUUGCAUCCAAAGAACACCAUACCUACUGUGAAGCAUGGGGAUGGAAACAUCAUGCUUUGGGGCUGUUUUUCUGCAAAGGGACCAGCACGACUGAUCCGUGUAAAGGAAAGAAGGAAUGGGGCCAUGUAUCGUGAGAUUUUGAGUGAAAACCUCCUUCCAUCAGCAAGGGCAUUGAAGAUGAAACCUGGCUGGGUCUUUCAGCAUAACAAUGAUCCCAAACACACCGCCCGGGCAACGAAGGAGUGGCUUCGUAAGAAGCAUUUCAAGGUCCUGGAGUGGCCUAGCCAGUCUCCAGAUCUCAACCCCAUAGAAAAUCUUUGGAGGGAGUUGAAAGUCCGUGUUGCCCAGCGACAGCCCCAAAACAUCACUGCUCUAGAGGAGAUCUGCAUGGAGGAAUGGGCCAAAAUACCAGCAACAGUGUGUGAAAACCUUGUGAAGAAUUACAGAAAACGUUUGACCUGUGUCAUUGCCAACAAAGGGUAUAUAACAAAGUGUUGAGAAACUUUUGUUAUUGACCAAAUACUUAUUUUCCACCAUAAUUUGCAAAUAAAUUCAUUAAAAAUCCUACAAUGUGAUUUUCUGGAUUUCUUUUUCUCAUUUUGUCUGUCAUAGUUGACGUGUACCUAUGAUGAAAAUUACAGGCCUCUCUCAUCUUUUUAAGUGGGAGAACUUGCACAAUUAGUGGCUGACUAAAUACUUUUUUCCCCACUGUAUUUACUGGUUUUAUCUACAUUUAUUUCAAAUGACACUUUCCUACUGAUGGUAAAUGUCCUGUCUGUUUUGAAAACUGAAUGAACAAGAAAAUAUUCUGGCCUUUUUGUUUGUAGGAUACCGUCCAAUUAUUAUUUAUUCAUGCUGGAAAAAGGGACAGGUGGGAAAUUACCACAACAUUUCUCCUCUCCUCUCCUCUCCUCUCCUCUCCUCUCCUCUCCUCUCCUCUCCUCUCCUCUCCUCUCCUCUCCUCUCCUCUCCUCUCCUCUCCUCUCCUCUCCUUUUCUCUCCUCUCCCCUUCUCCUCUUCUCCUCCUCUCCUCCCCUCCUCUCAGGGUUAUUGGGUCUUCUUCAUGGUGGAUGGUAACGAGAUGUUCCCAGCCUUCUACAAAGCCUUGCAGCUCUUAGACUUCUACCUGGGCCUCCUCCUAUCAUUCAACCCUGUAUUUGGAGUGGACGUGAGUAACUGGACACGCCUGUACACUGAAAUUGUAACACAACACAGGACUUUAAGGUGAUGGCAUACAGAGAAAAGUCUGAUAGAGACUCAAGUUGUACUUUACAUUGCUGCGAUUUAUUGCAAGCUCUGUUGCUUGACUUAUUGCUCUGUGAUAUUUGUCUGGCUUGUGACACGCUGCUUAUUGUGUUGAUGUGAUUUUUGUCUGGCUGAUGCCAUGUGACUGUUAGUCUGAUACUGAUGUCUGGCUGAUGCCAUGUGACUGUUUGUCUGAUACUGAUGUCUGGCUGAUGCCAUGUGACUGUUUGUCUGAUACUGAUGUCUGGCUGAUGCCAUGUGACUGUUUGUCUGAUACUGAUGUCUGGCUGAUGCCAUGUGACUGUUUGUCUGAUACUGAUGUGUUGAUGCUGCUGUUUUGUCUUGAAAAAUAGAUUUGAUCACAAUGAGACUAAGCUGGUUAAAUAAAGGUUAAAUAAAAAUGUGUCCCACAUCCUCUCUCUCUUUCUCUCUCUCUCUGUGUGUGUGUGCGUGCGUGUGUGUGUGUGCGCGUGUGUGUGUGCAUGCGUGUGUGAAUGUGCAUGCGCGUGUGUGCGUGUGUUGAACAGUCUGUGUGCGUGUUGGUGGAGAUGGAGAAGACCAAGAGCUACUGGGUCCUUCGGGCCACUGAAGGCAUCGGCAUGGCUGUCCUUAUCUUCAUGGUAGGUACCUCUCACACCCUGAUGAACUCUGCACGGCUCUCCCAUGAUCUGACCCCCCAAUUAGAAGAAUUUGACAAAUUCUUUCCAAAAUCUUUUCAAUCUAUCAGACGUCUUUUCAACCAAAAAUACUUAUUGUCAACGGCUUUUGAAGUUUUAUAAUACCCACAUGGCAGUCAUAGACACUGAAAUACAUAGGCAUGGCGUACAUAAAUUGUUUUAGAAUAAUUUAGAAGUAAUAAGAUGUCAUAAGUAGGGGAUCUCUUGUAUCUCUCAGUCCUGGCGUGUGGGACAGAGAGGAGGUGGUUCUGCCUUUCACUUAUCCUCGACAGGCAGGUAACCAGUCUCGGAAACGGGGACUUGUAGAGAUAUAUUUCAAAAUCCAGGCACAGCUGCUCUCUUCUCUCUUCAAGUGUUUGCAGUGCUUUUUCAACAUAUUUUGCUCAUAGGACAAGGUCUACUGUGACCUAGAGACGGCACUUAACAUUUCUGAAAUGUGCAUUUCGAUGCUGUGUCUCCAGAUCUACCGCAUUGUGUGUAAAUUGGGGUACAGUGAAGCAUGGUGGUCCGCGACGGUGGUGACUGACCAUGGGGACAGACGUCAGUCAGUGAGUCGCCAGCCUUCCUUCACCCUGUCAGAGUGGACAGACGCCCAGGAGGACCUGAUGGACCUAGAAGCUGAACCCCAGACACCUGUCUUUGACCUGGGUCUGGACACCAGGACAGAGGGGGACAUAACCACCCUCUCUGUUACACCUGUGGGCCUGCAGGAGAGGUCAGUGGGCAGAUGGAGGUGGAGAGGUGGUCUACAGAGGGGGGGGGGGGGGGGGGGGGGGGGGUCUCUGUGUGUGUGUGUGUGUGUGUGUGUGUGUGUGUGUGUGUGUGUGUGUGUGUGUGUGUGUGUGUGUUCAUGCGUUUUUCUUGUGUGUGUUGUUCUGCCCCUGUGUGUGUGUGCACAAUUACAGUACGUUCUUCUUGUAUGUGUCUGUGUGUUCAUUCUUCUUGUACACUGUAAACCCCAAUGUGCUGUCAUUACUCAUAACUUUUGUGGAAACCUUUUGCACUUAAUAUAUCUGAGUACAGUUACUUGAAGUGAUUUUGUAGUCAUUACUCAAACCGAUUGUCAAUGUGACCCUGUAGGGGGUCCAGAUUUGAGUUGUGUCCGUUUGAUCAUUUUGAGUACCUCCCCCACUAAGCCACCCACCCCUCCAAUAUAAUUUCCCAGUGUGCCUUGCCUUUUCGAGUGAAUUGUACAGAUGUAGGAUCUUAAUUUUAUCACUCUUUUGUUGCUGAGGAUUUUCCUUGUUGUAGUGUAUUCGAGGUUUAAAAAGGCUUCUAAAGUUUGUAAUUUCCACUUUAAAAUGUCAGACUUGAUUUGCCCUAAAGAAAAAUUUAUCAACCCCUUCAAAAAAAUGUCCAUUAAUUAUAAUCCACAUUUCCUCUUUCUGCAGGAUUAUUUUCCUGCUGUAGCAAACUCAAAUUAAGAUCUUACAUCAGUAGAGUUACCACCAAUGACUAUAUUUGUUAUAUCCCUUUCAUACUAAGACGUUUUCCCCCCAACUUUACCAUACCGCCAACUUUUUUCCGCCUUUUCUUUAUAUCUGAAAGGUAUUGCCGGUAUCAAAGCCGAAAUGUAUAUUUCCGCCUAAUGACCUAGUAAUCAUUUCGGUAAAGUUCUGCCUACGGCUUAGUAUGAAACGUAGCGGCAUUGGCACACACUAUAUAUAUGGCUCUCUCUUAAACUCUUGAUGGUUGCUACACUCUUAGAAAAAAGGGUUCCAAAAGGGUUCUUUGCGGAGGGAUAGGGGUCUACCAAGAACUGUUUUGAUCAGAAUAACCCUUUUUGGAAGACAAGGAUUCUUUGUAAGUCAAAGGUUUAUACCUAGAACCUUUAACAUCCUAAGAACUGUUUUUGGAAGAAAGGGUUCUUUGAUGAUUAUUUGGGAGGUAAGAAGGGUUCUAUAUAGAACCAUAUAUAAUAUUUCCCAGCAUGCUCUAUUGCAGGGAGUUUUUCAGAAUUGUUUGUUUUACUGUAAUAUCUGUGUUUUUGCAUGUACAUUGAUUGGUUUAUUCAUUUUAUACUAAACAAAGAGUUUUCUAAACUAAUCCAAUCUGUUGGAUUUAUAGCACCCGUUACUGAGAUGGUUGUCCCAGUUUAGAUGAUAGGGGUAGUCUCAGUAUUAGCUCUUCCCUACCGUGGCAGUCAUUCAGAAUGCAGGUUGCCAGUGAUUAACAAUUCCACUUGUUGGAUAUCCAAACUCUGGCUGGAUUCCAAUAGGAAUUAUAUAUCACUUUGCAAGCCAGUAUAAUGUGACUUGCAGGCUUGAUGUGGCCUGUAAACCAGGAGAUUCCUAACACCACUGAGUUUUGGUAUAACUAGGCCCUCAAAGAAUUACUGUUGGAAUGAUAUACACUGAGUGUACAAAACAUUAAGAACACCUUCCUAAUAUAAUAUUGACAUCAAUAAGGGAUCAUAGCUUUCACCUGGAUUCACCUUCAUAGAGGGUUCUAGGCAGAACCCUUCAUAGAGGGUUGUCGCUAGAACCAUAUACAGGGGGUUCUUUGAAGAACCCUACAUAACCCUCUGCAAAGGGUUCUACCCAGCACCGAAAAGGGUUCCCCUAUGGGGACAAACCGAAGAACCCUGUAUGGGUAUACUUAGCAUAUUUUUUUCUAAUAGUGUAGGCAGCCAUUAACCAUCCUCCUGGCAGUUCUAAACUUUGCGAAGCAUGUCACUUCGCCCAUGUCUUCGCUUAGCCCACCACAUGAACUGUUUUCUUAACCACAACUGGAUGGAUCCAUAAAGAAUUACUGUUGGAAUGAAUAUCACUGAAUGACCAAAAUAUUGAACUAAAGUAGGCUAAUGUAAUUGAAGGCAUGUAUCAAAUAGUUUCUUACUGAAACUCACCAAGUCAUCCAAUUGUUGUAAUAAAUUUGAAGCAAUAGCCUACCCGCUUGUGGUCAACUAGAUGAUAAUUUCAGCACCAUUUUGAUUGGGACAGUGCUAUUGCGCUGAUAUGAGACAAGCGUGUGGUGGGGAUGAAUAAAAUCAAUCAAUGUCCGAUUUUUGUUUUCACUGAAUCUGCUUUGGAUAUUGGUUAGGCUACAGUCAUGCUGGGGAAAUGUUGGCUAAGUUAAGGUGAGGGCUGCUCAUGAUCAUCUUGUCUAGUUGGCUCAUUUAUUACUACAUUUUGCCAGCAUUUUAUAUAGUUUAACAAGUGGAUCAUUUUUCUCUUCACUCACAGAUGCUUAGUAGCCUGGGCCUACUCCCCACCAAAAGCCUGUGACUUUACUGACUUGUCUCAAUUGUUUCACUGAAUCCCUCUGUAUAGGGUAUUUGGUUAAUUUGGUUUCUUGCUUGGCAAAUAAGUGUAGGUGGUAAAGCUCAUCUAUUUGUUUGGUAAUCUAUCACUGAUCAGAAACAUUUAGCAUGCAAUAAUGUAGCCUAAAUCAAGUGUAGGCCUAUUAUUUUGCUUGAUCGCAUAAAGGCAACUCCAAAAGCCCGCGGAGGUAGUGAAAUAUGAACACGAGACUCACAUGCUGAUGAAAAUAGGAUCGCUAUUAUUUUCUAUCGGUAUCAUUACAUUUUAGUCAUUUAGCAGACACUCUUAACCAGAGCGACUUACAGUUAGUGAGUGCAUACAUUUUUCAUACUGGCCCCCCGUGGGAAUCGAACCCACCCACAACCCUGGCGUUGCAAGCGCCAUGCUCUACAAACUGAGCUACACGGGGCCUCAUGAUGAAGACACUCUCAAUGUAAGACCCUACGCCUGCUGCCCAACAAAGUGGCGUGAGGGUAGGAAAGAGAUGAAAUGUGGAUCAAAAUAGCAAGGGCUCUGCUUAACAAUAUCACCUUUGUUUUUUGGACAGAGGUUCCACAGGUGACUGACACCAGUUGUAUGGGAAAAUAUUAUUUGUAUUUUAUUUUGUUAUAUUCCAUUAUAUUCUUACUAUAAAAUACAGUGGGGGAAAAAAGUAUUUAGUCAGCCACCAAUUGUGCAAGUUCUCCCACUUAAAAAGAUGAGAGAGGCCUGUAAUUUUCAUCAUAGGUACACGUCAACUAUGACAGACAAAUUGAGAAAAAGAAAUCCAGAAAAUCAUAUUGUAGGAUUUUUUAUGAAUUUAUUUGCAAAUUAUGGUGGAAAAUAAGUAUUUGGUCACCUACAAACAAGCAAGAUUUCUGGCUCUCACAGACCUGUAACUUCUUCUUUAAGAGGCUCCUCUGUCCUCCACCUGUUUCCUGUAUUAAUGGCACCUGUUUGAACUUGUUAUCAGUAUAAAAGACACCUGUCCACAACCUCAAACAGUCACACUCCAAACUCCACUAUGGCCAAGACCAAAGAGCUGUCAAAGGACACCAGAAACAAAAUUGUAGACCUGCACCAGGCUGGGAAGACUGAAUCUGCAAUAGGUAAGCAGCUUGGUUUGAAGAAAUCAACUGUGGGAGCAAUUAUUAGGAAAUGGAAGACAUACAAGACCACUGAUAAUCUCCAUCGAUCUGGGGCUCCAUGCAAGAUCUCACCCCGUGGGGUCAAAAUGAUCACAAGAACGGUGAGCAAAAAUCCCCGAACCACACGGGGGGACCUAGUGAAUGACCUGCAGAGAGCUGGGACCAAAGUAACAAAGCCUACCAUCAGUAACACACUACGCCGCCAGGGACUCAAAUCCUGCAGUGCCAGACGUGUCCCCCUGCUUAAGCCAGUACAUGUCCAGGCCCGUCUGAAGUUUGCUAGAGUGCAUUUGGAUGAUCCAGAAGAGGAUUGGGAGAAUGUCAUAUGGUCAGAUGAAACCAAAAUAUAACUUUUUGGUAAAAACUCAACUCGUCGUGUUUGGAGGACAAAGAAUGCUGAAUUGCAUCCAAAGAACACCAUACCUACUGUGAAGCAUGGGGGUGGAAACAUCAUGCUUUGGGGCUGUUUUUCUGCAAAGGGACCAGGACGACUGAUCCGUGUAAAGGAAAGAAUGAAUGGGGCCAUGUAUCGUGAGAUUUUGAGUGAAAACCUCAUUCCAUCAGCAAGGGCAUUGAAGAUGAAACGUGGCUGGGUCUUUCAGCAUGACAAUGAUCCCAAACACACCGCCCGGGCAACGAAGGAGUGGCUUCGUAAGAAGCAUUUCAAGGUCCUGGAGUGGCCUAGCCAGUCUCCAGAUCUCAACCCCAUAGAAAAUCUUUGGAGGGAGUUGAAAGUCUGUGUUGCCCAGCGACAGCCCCAAAACAUCACUGCUCUAGAGGAGAUAUGCAUGGAGGAAUGGGCCAAAAUACCAGCAACAGUGUGUGAAAACCUUGUGAAGACUUACAGAAAACGUUUGACCUGUGUCAUUGCCAACAAAGGGUAUAUAACAAAGUAUUGAGAAACUUUUGUUAUUGACCAAAUACUUAUUUUCCACCAUAAUUUGCAAAUAAAUUCAUUAAAAAUCCUACAAAAAUCCUACAGUUGACGUGUACCUAUGAUGAAAAUUACAGGCCUCUCUCAUCUUUUUAAGUGGGAGAACUUGCACAAUUGGUGGCUAACUAAAUACUUUUUUCCCCCACUGUAUAUGUGAUUGGGGUAUGUCUUGUCUGUUUAAUGAACAAAAUAAUGAACUAUUGAUUUCAAGGCAUUUUUUUUACUCAAAUACUUCUAGUAAGUUGUACUCAAAGUCAAUAAAAAGUUAUUAUUACUUCAAAUGUUUAUGUGGUAUUGUCUCAAAACUAAAUGAGAAGUCACACCAACAACAUUUUUGAAAGAUAUUAUAAGAAAUUAUUUUUUUCCCAGCAUGCCCUACUGCAAGUACAUUUUGAAUGUACAUUGAGUGAUUGAUUGAUUAAAUGUUAUGCUACAAAAAUAUGAGAUUUUUCUAAACUAAUCCAAUCAUUAAAAAAAUGUUUUACUGAAAUGGUUGUUCCAGUUUAAAUGGCUUAGGUAGUUUCCUCCCACUGUUCUUAACUCUGGCAGUCAUUAUGAAUGCUGGUUGUGGGUGAAUACAAAUGUCAACUGUUGGAUAGCCUAACGCUGGCUAAAUUCCAAUUGGAAUUACACAUCACUUUGCGAGCCAGCGUAAUGUGAUUUACAGUUAGGUUGCAAAAUUCUGGUCAAUUUCCCAGGUUUUCCAGAAAUACCGGUUGGAAGCUUCCAGUAAAAAGUUUUGGGAAAGUUUGUGGAAUUUUGCAACCUUACUUGGAGGCCACUGUAUAAGGCCUUAUGAUAUACGUAAUGGUUCAAGUAUACUAUCCGCCUAGGAACUUGGUGAAGGACACAAGACAGAAAAUAAAUGAAUUCAACAACCAUGCCUCUGUCACUAACAAAUACAGUCAUGGGUGGUAACUUUACAAUUCAAUCGAAAAGGCAAGGCACACUGGGAAAUUAUUGGAGGCGUGGCUUAGUGGGGGCAUUAAAUUUAAGUAUACCUUACAAAAAAAUUUGCAUUUGUUUUACUCAUAUGAAGGUAGUACUGCUUACUUCAGCUAUUUAAGUUCCUUAAUCGGUUUCCUCAAAAUGUUGGAAUAGCCAGAACUUAUCCGGUUUUACAGUGUGGAUGUAACAUAAUUAAACUCAAAAUAUGCUAUUCUAUACAUUUAAAAAUACACGUUAUUAGUGUUAUAAUGAUUCUUAGAACCUGCAUGAACGAAUUAAUAAUGGAGUAUAUUCAAUGGAUUUAUUCAAAUAGAUGCCCACCCACAUCUGCACACCACUACUACCACUCAUCACCGGCAUGCAGGCAUGUGCAUGAGAGGUAUAAAAGGCAAGCAUGUGGUAAAAAUGGGCCUGUUUGUAAAGGGGUCAUAAAAACAUUUUUUUACAGACAAAAUACCGUAAAUCAUAUGUGAAAGCAGUAUUAGUGAAAUCAUUCAUUCAUUUUCCGGUCCUGUGGCCUUUACCUAGACGAAUCUUAAAAUGAAUCUCUUUAUGACAUUACAUAUCUCAUAAGGCCAUAUUUUACGGCCUAGCAAAAUUCCAUUAACUUUCCUGAAAUUGCCAGGUUUCCUAAGAAUCCUGGUUGAAGGAUUUCCGGAAAACGUGGGAAAUUUACUAGAAAUGUGCAUCUAUAUCUACAAGUUGCAUGAUGCUGAAUUUGCAUUCAUAAUGACAGACAGGGUUAGAAACUGGAACAACCAUUUCAGUAACGGGUGCAAAAAAUCUAACUAAAUGAUUGGAUUCGUUUAUCUUUGUUUAUAUUCUAUUUUUGUGUAGCAUAAAAAUAAUCAAUGAAUCACUCAAUGUACAUGCAAAAGCACAGAUAUUAAAAACAAUUCCAAAAUCUCAACGCUACAGUAAAGCAUGCUGGGGAAAAAGUUAAUUUGUUAUCAUAACUGACUUCUCAUUUAGUUUUGAGUCAGUACCACAUAAACAUUGGAAGUAAUAAUGAGUUGACCUUACUAGAAGUAUUUGAGUUAAAAAUGCCUUGGGGAUUACAGUGUAUGUGUCAGUGCCGUCCUGUGUGUGUGUGGGUAUGUGUGUGUGUGUGUUAGGAGGGGCUCCAACGUGUCCCUGACCCUGGACAUGUGUUCUCCUGGCUGUACGGAGCCCUAUGGCUAUGGAGCCCAGCUCUCCCCCAGAGACCAGACUGCCAAGGAGUACCUGAGAGAGGGAACAAACACACUCAAUCCUGCCCAGCUCCACACUCGCGCUAUGGACGACCAAGCCCUACAGGCAGAGUUCUAUGUGAGUAACACACAAACCCAUUUAGGAGCACUCUACACCCAGAGGCUACUAUAAACAUUGGGUGAGAUGCGGACACAGUGAAAGACAUUAGCAUACCCAGCUCCAUAGAGGAUGUAUUACACCUUUAGGCUGAGAUACACAAUCACACACACACACACACACACACAAUCACACACACACACACACUCUCUCUAAGACCCAGGUAGGUCUACACACUCACAAUCACACACACACUCUCUCUCUAAGACCCAGGUAGGUCUACACACACACUCUCUCUCUCUAAGACCCAGGUAGGUCUACACACACACUCUCUCUCUCUAAGACCCAGGUAGGUCUACACAAUCACACUCACAAUCACACACACACUCUCUCUCUAAGGUAGAUGUACACACUCACUAUUAGUGUAAACCAAGAUUUCCUAAACUCGGUCCUGGGGCCCCACCUGGGUGCACCGACUUUGGGAAACCCUGGUCUAAACUGUGUGUGUAAUACCCACAAACCACAAACAAAGACGAGCGCACACAAUCAUGCACCAGGGACAACAUUUCCUGGACAUACAUCACUAAGCUACUGUACAUCCAUUGUUCUGUUGCCAGGAAACUCCCAUGAACUUUGUGGACCCAAAGGAGUACAACUAUCCAGGCCUGGUGAGGAAGAACCGCUAUAAGACCAUCCUACCCAGUGAGUGGAAACACUACAAACAGCCGCCAUUUUGAAUCUGUCACAAAAAUGGGACGUAGAAUAGAGGUUGUGUGAGACAGAGAGAGAGAGACACUGGACACACGCGCUCACAAAUAAAAGCAGAGACACACAAACACACAAAUACACACACAGGCAGUUGUCUGGGUCUUGUGAUGUGGUCCUGUGUUUUCCAGAUACACACAGUAGAGUGAUCCUACAGACAGCAGAUAAAGAUGAAUUCCUCAGUACCUACAUCAACGCUAACUACCUACAGGUAGGGGUGGGGGGGUUGAUCACAUCUCGCUUAGGGCCCCCAAAAGGCUAGGGCCUUGUGUACAGGUUUUCUCAUCCAUGGUCCUGUGAGAACUUCUGUGUUGCUGUCCACAGGGAUACGGGGGUGAGGAGCGGGCGUACAUCGCGACCCAGGGUCCUACAGUCAACACGGUGGGAGACUUCUGGAGGAUGGCGUGGCAGGAACGCUGUCCUAUCAUCGUCAUGAUCACUAACCUAGAGGAGAAGAACGAGGUAGGGAGGGAGGGAGGGAGGAAUGGGGAAAGAGAUAGACUAGAGGUAAAUGUCCAAUGUGAACUCUGGCUAUGUGUUGCCCCUUACAGAAAUGUGUGGAGUACUGGCCUGAGGACUCUGUGAUCCAUGAGGGCAUCCUGAUCACGGUUGUCACGGUAACCCAGGAGGACGAUUACAGCCUGAGGGUCUUCACUCUGAAGGUGAGACUAAUACCACAGUAUGCAUCUAUACACCAAUGCCAAGAACACCAAGGACCCCACAGGAGGCUGGAAUGGAGCAAAUGGAAUGGCAUCAAACACCUGGAAACCAUGUGUUUGAUGUAUUUGAUACCAUUCCACUCCAGUCAUUACCACAAGCCCGUUCUCUCCAAUUAAGAUGCCACCAACCUCAUGCCACCAACAUUUUAGUAAUUUAGCAGACGCUCUUAUCCAGAGCGACUUACAGUUAGUGAGUGCAUACAUUAUUUUAUUUUUUUCAUACUGGCCCCCCGUGGGAAUCGAACCCACAACCCCUGGCGUUGCAAACGCCAUGCUCUACCAACUGAGCUACAUCCCUGCCGGCCAUUCCCUCCCCUACCCUGGACGACGCUGAGCCAAUUGUGUGCCCACGCACACACACACACACACACAGGUGUCAGGAAAUGGUUCCUCCACUGCGCCACUCGGGAGGUAGUGAAAAUGACAAAAUGCAGUUGAAGUUUUUUCAUUGACCCUUUUGAAUGAUCACUUCUCAUCCACUAAACAGAACCUCUCAGUGUAGACAUACAGAUAGGUAAGCUGCCACAAGGACAUCUAUUGGAAAAUGAUAUGAAAUCACACAAUGAAAAACAGACCAAAAGUAACCCGGAGUUCCUCUCGCUCUGCAGUCAUUGGUGUUGCAGCAACUAACUCCUGUAACAGUUUGGAUGUACAUGUUUCUGUGUGUGUGUGCGUGUGUGCGUGUGCGUUAAUGUAUGUGUGACAGUGUGAUGGAGAGGAGCGCAGCCUCAGGCAGUACUGGUACACCUCCUGGCCUGACCAGAAGACACCGGACAAAGCCCCGCCCCUCCUGGAGCUGGUACAGGAAGUGGAGCAGGCCAGAGUGGAAGCUCCGCCCACCAGCGGCCCUGUCAUCGUUCACUGCAGGUGGAGUUGGAAACACAGACAUGAUACCCACACAUAGUACCGUCAAUAGGGAGGAUGUCUCAGUGGAUUUUUUGGAAGAUCUGUGCCCCUAGAGAUAGAAGACAGCAGCAUUGCAGCUCUGAUAGCUUUCAGCCAGGUCAGAAAUGCUCUAAAACUGUGGUUGGUCAGGUCUAAUACAUUAAUGGUUCCUCCUCCUCCUCUUCAUCAUCAUCAUCAUCCUCAUCUUCUUCUUCUACUUCCUCCUCCUCGUCAUCAUCAUCUUCAUCAUCUUCCUCCACCUCCUCCUCUUCAUCAUCAUCUUCCUCAUCUUCUUCUUCUACUUCCUCCUCCUCGUCAUCAUCAUCUUCAUCAUCUUCCUCCACCUCCUCCUCUUUAUCAUCCUCCUCCUCUUCCUCUUCAUCCUCCUUCUCCCAGUGCUGGGAUUGGUCGAACAGGCUGUUUCAUUGCCACCUCCAUCCUGUGUAAACAGCUGAGGAGUGAGGGCGUGGUCGACAUACUGAGGACUACCUGCCAGCUCCGCCUCGACAGGUCAGUCUACCGCCUGUCUUUCUUUACACCUGUCUGUCUUUGUCUCUUUCCUGACACCUGUGUGUGUGUGUGUGUGUGUGUGUGUGUGUGUGUGUGUGUGUGUGUGUGUGUGUGUGUGUGUGUGUGUGUGUGUGUGUGUGUGUGUGUGUGUGUGUGUGUGUGUGUGUGUGUGUGUGUGUGUGUGUGUGUGUGUGUGUGUGUGUGUGUGUGUGUGUGUGUGUGUGUGUGUGUGUGUGUGUGUGUGUGUGUGUGUGUGUGUGUGUGUGUGUGUGUGUGUGUGUGUGUGUGUGUGGCAGAGGCGGGAUGAUCCAGACGGGUGAGCAGUACCAGUUUGUGCACCAUGUCCUCAGCCUGUACGAGAAGCAGCUGUCCCACACUGCAGAGGAGUAGAGCGCCACACCACUACUGUACCUCCAUCUUAAUGUCACCCUUUAACGCACAGACAACCACAACACACUGUCAGCCUCAUCCAGCCCCCUUCCAUUUCAGAGGCCCACAUACAAAAGCCCAAUCUUGACUUGAGAACCUUGCUUAUAAGGCAAGAUGGAAUCUGCUGAGGUUGAAUUUCCAUUAUGCUGCCAGAAAUUAUUUUAAAUGAAACUACUGCAAUGUAUUAAAACAAUUUUACUGAGUUGCUUUGCGGAUGAUGCUCUAAAAGUAGUGAUGAUGAAACUUUCUGUCACUUCUAACUCAAACAUUUGUUUUCACACUUGCCAGA